CCCGCUGCCGUCCCCGCCGCCCGCGCCCCCGGCAUGCAGCUCCGGCUGCGGAGGUGACACUCGGGCCCGAGCCGCCGCCGCCGCCGUCGCCACCAUGGAUGAGCAGGAGGCAUUGAACUCAAUCAUGAAGGACCUGGUGGCCCUCCAGAUGAGCCGACGUCCCCGGGUGCCUGGAUAUGAGACCAUGAAGAGCAAAGACACGGGUCACCCAAAUAGGCAGAGUGACGUCAGAAUCAAGUUUGAGCACAACGGGGAGAGGCGAAUUAUAGCAUUCAGCCGGCCUGUGAGAUACGAAGAUGUGGAGCACAAGGUGACGGCAGUGUUUGGGCAGCCCCUGGACCUACAUUACAUGAACAAUGAGCUCUCCAUCCUGCUGAAGAAUCAAGAUGAUCUUGACAAAGCAAUUGACAUUUUGGAUAGAAGCUCAAGCAUGAAAAGUCUUAGAAUAUUGUUGCUGUCCCAGGACAGAAACCAUACCAGUUCCUCUCCCCACUCCGGGGUGUCCAGGCAAGUGCGAAUCAAAGCUUCCCAGUCUGCGGGAGAUGUAAAUACCAUCUACCAGCCCCCUGAGUCCAGGAGCAGGCACCUCUCCGUCAGCUCCCAGAACCCCGGCCGAAGCUCGCCUCCCCCUGGCUAUGUGCCCGAGCGGCAGCAGCGCAUCGCCCGGCAGGGCUCCUACACCAGCAUCAACAGCGAGGGGGAGUUCAUACCGGAGACCAGCGAGCAGUGCAUGCUGGAUCCUCUGAGCAGUGCUGAAAACUCCUUGUCGGGAAGCUGCCAGUCCUUGGACAGGUCAGCAGACAGCCCAUCCUUCCGGAAAUCACGAAUGUCGCGAGCCCAGAGCUUCCCAGACAACAGACAGGAAUUCUCGGAUCGGGAAACUCCGCUCUAUGACAAAGGGGUCAAAGGUGGCACCUACCCCCGGCGCUACCACGUGUCCAUGCACCACAAGGACUACAACGAUGGCAGAAGAACAUUUCCCCGAAUACGGCGUCAUCAAGGCAACCUGUUCACCCUGGUGCCCUCGAGCCGCUCCCUGAGUACAAAUGGCGAGAACCUGGGCCUGGCGGUGCAGUACCUGGACCCCCGUGGGCGCCUGCGGAGCGCUGACAGCGAGAAUGCCCUCUCUGUGCAGGAGAGGAGUGUGCCCACCAAGUCUCCCAGUGCCCCCAUUAAUUGGCGCCGGGGGAAGCUCCUAGGCCAGGGUGCCUUUGGCAGGGUCUAUUUGUGCUAUGACGUGGACACCGGACGAGAACUUGCUUCCAAGCAGGUGCAGUUUGACCCAGACAGUCCUGAGACAAGCAAGGAGGUGAGUGCUCUGGAGUGCGAGAUCCAGUUGCUGAAGAACUUGCAGCAUGAGCGCAUAGUGCAGUACUAUGGCUGCCUGCGGGACCGUGCCGAGAAGACUCUGACCAUCUUCAUGGAGUACAUGCCAGGGGGUUCAGUGAAAGACCAGCUGAAGGCCUACGGCGCUCUGACAGAGAGCGUGACCCGGAAGUACACCCGGCAGAUACUGGAAGGCAUGUCCUACCUACACAGCAACAUGAUUGUUCACCGGGACAUCAAGGGAGCCAACAUCCUGCGAGACUCUGCUGGGAAUGUGAAGCUGGGGGACUUUGGGGCCAGCAAGCGCCUGCAAACCAUCUGCAUGUCCGGCACGGGCAUGCGCUCAGUCACUGGCACUCCCUACUGGAUGAGCCCCGAGGUGAUCAGUGGUGAGGGCUACGGAAGGAAGGCAGACGUGUGGAGCCUGGGCUGCACAGUGGUGGAGAUGCUGACAGAGAAACCACCUUGGGCAGAGUAUGAAGCCAUGGCUGCCAUUUUCAAGAUCGCCACCCAGCCCACCAACCCUCAGCUGCCCUCCCACAUCUCUGAGCACGGCCGGGACUUCCUGAGGCGCAUUUUUGUGGAGGCCCGCCAGAGACCUUCGGCCGAGGAGCUGCUCACACACCACUUUGCACAGCUCGUGUACUGAGCUCUCAAGGCCACACUGCUGCUGGCCGCCCCUUCUGCAUGGGCAAGGGGCUGCUGGGGGCUCAGCAAAGUUGCUGCUUCUCCCAGGCAGGGCCACGGACCACGGAGCUGAGUCCAGCCAGCGUUGUCUGUGCCGUUUUGCUGCUGGGGCCCGGGGCCAGGGAGGGUGGCUGCAGCCUCACGGACUGGGAGCCCCCAGCCUGCCAGACCCGAAGCGCCAGCGUCCUCAGCUCAGCCUGGAGGGGGGAAGGAGCUGGAACAGUGUGCGAGGCAUCCAGGGCCCCACCCUUGGGGCUGUGUCUUGACAUGGCCAUCAGCACCAGACCCCAGAGAGUCUGGGGCACAGGAUGGACACAAGGGUCUGAAUAGUGUUACUUUCUUUCAGAGUGUUACUUUGUUUCUCCUCCCCAUGUCUGGAGACCACCAGGGCAUCUCUGGGCUGGAUGAGCCCACCCAAGCCUGAGGUAAAGCCCAGUACCCCACAGCCAAUGGAGAGCAGAGGCCGGGGCGGCCCUCUCCCUGGAGCCCCAGGCCAGCUUUGCCAGCCCCUGUCCUUUACCAAAGAUGAAUGAAGCAACUGUUAUGCUGCCUUAUUCAGGGAAGGAGGAGCCUGUCCUGCCUGCCCCCAUGACCCUGCCCCCCCCCCCCCCACCCUCAAGCAGGGGCCUGAGAUGUGGAACUACCCCCCCCGAGGGGAGACCCGGUUUUGUCAAUGCAAUUGUCUGUGUUUUACAAGUUGGAGUCACUCUUACGCUGUACCCAGUUUCUAAACUGGAGACUUCGUGUGCCCUCUGGGCUCUGAGUGCCCCUGCUGUGGGCUGGGGCCUUGGGCCAGCUUGGAAAGAGCUGAGGGUCAUCGCCCCAGGCCUUGUGCUCCUGGCUGGCACCUGUUCCCCCACCGGAGCAGAGAAGACGACAGACAAUACGGUGAGGGCAUCUGAGCCGGCUGGCUACCCUGAGCGGAGCGCUCCACAGGCCGGGGAGUUGUAUCAGGCUGUCUGCGGGUUGUGACCUGCUAGCCCAGGGCUCUGCCUGGUAGAAGGGAAAGCCUGUGUGAUGCCACCACCUGUGUCUGGAACCUCCAGCUCUGCUCCUCCGUGGCCAGCCUCGCCCAUCCCCACGAGGUCUCAGCCCCUUUCCCUUCUCGCUCCCCUGGGGGAGGAAUGGCAGCAGGGGUCAGGGAGCCAGUAUCUUCAAGCAGCUUAGAGUUGGCCUUAUUUACCUCAGCCUGGGCGCUGGUCCUUUCUUCCGGCCCCUCCCCUCCAAAAUGUGCCUAUUGCUAGAGCUCCUCCCUCUCAACACCCAGUUUCCUUGGGAGUUGUUGUUAAAAGAGGGAAAAAAAAAAAGCCAGUGCCCAGGGAUGGGUGUCUCCAAGGAGCUGGGGAUUUGUGCCAGGCAGCUCAUUGCCAGCCAUGCCCACUCCCCCACGGGCACCAGAACAAGCCAAAGCCUUCGUUGUAUGUUGACGAUGCACUUUUAUGAAUGUAGUUUCUAUCGCUGUUUUUAGCCUUUUCACAUCAUGUAAUGUGAGGCUUUGUACUUGUUAAUUUAUAUCUCAGAUCAUAUUUGAUGGUUUUUAUAUAUAUCAAUUCUAGACUGUUACAGGUGGACGCCUCGAGAGAGAAGAGCAAACGAAAGCA